AUGAUGAAGGACUUGAUGUCCCGCAAGUUCAACUCUCAAGAUUUGGCCACGGUUACACUGACUCAAACCUGCAGUGCGGUUGUAAUGAGACCCAUAGCUAAAAAGCUGUCUGACCUAGGGAGUUUCACAAUUCCUUGCACAAUAGGCAACUUUGCCUUUGCUAAAGCACUGUGUGAUCUGGGAGCAAGCAUAAACCUUAUGCCCCUGGCUAUCUACAAAAGUCUAGGCAUUGGAAGAGCUAGACCCACGUCUAUGUUACUACAGCUGGCUGAUCGAACAGUGAAGAGGCCCUCUAGGAUUCUAGAUGAUGUAUUGGUACAGGUUGGGAAGUUUGUGUUCCCAGUAGAUUUUGUCAUCCUUGACUGUCGGGUUGACCAUAAUUUUGGAAAGGCCAUUCUUGGCCACUGGAAGAGCCUUAAUUAA